AUGAAUUGGGGGAGAAGAUUUGUGGCUUUAGAUAGUGUUUUGGGGAGAAAGGAACCAUUUCCUCAAGCUAUGAAUGGGAACAAGAAGCGCUGCUCUGACUGCAUGACCACUGAGACACCCUUGUGGAGAGGUGGCCCAGCUGGGCCCAAGUCACUGUGCAAUGCAUGUGGGAUCAGACACAGGAAGAGAGGAAUUCCUACUGUGAGCUUGAUGAGCAAAGCACCAAAGAGGAGGAGAGAGAAAACAUGUGGCGGUAGUAGCAGUACUAUCACAACCACAUAUAAUAUUGGUGCUUCUGCCACAUACAAUAAUGCUUCUGCCACAACAGCCAAAAGCACUUUUGGUAGUGGUGGUGGUGGCAUAAAUUUGAAUGAGCCUCCUAGGGUGAGGUUUGUGGGUUUUGGUGAGGAGGUGUUUUUGCAAGACUCGCAGGCAGAGGGGGAGGGGGAGAAACAGAGCCAGUGGAGGGAGUGGGGAGAGGUGGAACAAGCAGCUGUGUGUUUGCUGGCUAUGUCAUGUGACUCUGUUUUUGCAUGA